AUGAACUUCGGUCUAGGCUCUGCACAUCACGUCGAUAUUCUUCAGCAUUUCGCUCCUUUGGCCUGUCUCGUUAGGUAUUGCGUACCCUCCCACCGGGGGACCGGUUCCGUCCACACCUCUCUUCUCGCUGGCUCCCCUUACACCUGCCCACCCGAUUCAUUUAGCCGGGAUUCUUUCGUCACAUUUCUCUUGGGGGGGCUGCGGUAUCAUCCAAUAGUCGUCCUCUGGACGCAGCCCAUCACACCCCAGCUUCUCCUUAAUCAAUGUGCCGAGUGGCCAACUGAAGGGACGUCGACCUACUUGGGAAUUGGCGUUAUCGCUGGUCCUAUUUUUUGCUCUUUUUUCUUAUUCCUCUGA